CCCCGGCUCGGCUGCCUCCGCCCCCCGGGGGUCGCGCGCCCACGAUGCCGCAGGGCCCCAGCUCUCUGCUGCUGCUCGUCCUCGCCUUGCACUGCUGCCUGGGCUGUGCGCGCGGGCUCUUCCUCUUCGGCCAGCCCGACUUCUCCUACAAGCGCAGCAAUUGUAAGCCCAUCCCCGCCAACCUGCAGUUGUGUCACGGCAUCGAGUACCAAAACAUGCGGCUGCCCAACCUGCUGGGCCACGAGACCAUGAAGGAGGUGCUGGAGCAGGCGGGCGCCUGGAUCCCGCUGGUCAUGAAGCAGUGCCACCCGGACACCAAGAAGUUCCUGUGCUCGCUCUUCGCUCCCGUCUGCCUCGACGACCUAGACGAGACCAUCCAGCCGUGCCACUCGCUCUGCGUGCAGGUGAAGGACCGCUGCGCUCCGGUCAUGUCCGCCUUCGGCUUCCCCUGGCCCGACAUGCUCGAGUGCGACCGUUUCCCCCAGGACAACGAUCUCUGCAUCCCCCUCGCUAGCAGCGACCACCUCCUGCCGGCCACCGAGGAAGCUCCAAAGGUAUGUGAAGCCUGCAAAAAUAAAAACGAUGAUGACAACGACAUAAUGGAAACUCUUUGUAAAAAUGAUUUUGCGCUGAAAAUAAAAGUGAAGGAGAUAACCUACAUCAACAGAGAUACCAAAAUCAUCCUGGAAACCAAGAGCAAGACCAUUUACAAGCUGAAUGGUGUGUCUGAGAGGGACCUGAAGAAAUCAGUGCUGUGGCUCAAAGACAGCUUACAGUGCACCUGCGAAGAGAUGAACGACAUCAAUGCGCCCUAUCUGGUCAUGGGACAGAAACAGGGCGGGGAGCUGGUGAUCACCUCGGUGAAGCGGUGGCAGAAGGGGCAGAGAGAGUUCAAGCGUAUCUCCCGCAGCAUCCGCAAGCUGCAGUGCUAGUUCCCGACAGACCAGCUCCUGAGCUUAGCUGGCCAUUUCUGCUCCAGGACCUCAGCGCCCGUUUCCCAAGCACAGUCCUGGCUGCUCCAGCCUCAGCCUGGAGCAGCUUCCCCUGCCUUUUGCACGUUCGCAUCCCCAGCAUCUCCUGAGUUGUAAGGCCCUAGGAGGCCUCAGGAAUGGAUAGCUGUUUUCACAUAAAGGAAAAACCCACCCAAUCUUGUAGAAAUAUUCAAACUAAUAAAAUCACGAAUAUUUUUAUGAAGUUUUAAAAUAGCUCACUUUAAAGCUAGUUUUGAAUAGGUGUGACUGUGACAUGGGUCUGGGUUUUGUUGUUGCUGUUGUUGUUUUCUGUUUGGUUUGAGUCAGCUGAUUUUCACUUUCCACUGAGGUUAUCAUAACAUGCAAAUUGCUUCAUUUUUCUCUGUGGUCUAAGCUCAUGGGUCACAAACCCUGUUGAGAUAAAGCUGGCUGUUAUCUCAACAUCUUCCUCAGCUCCAAACAGACUCUGUCUAAGCCUUAUAACAAUACGUUUGUCACCCUCGUUGUAAACUUAAACUGUUGCAUGUAUCACGUUCCAUCUAUGAAAAGCACAU